CUCAAGUCCGUUUCACUUUGUCCCGUAUUAAACCAGCACCAUUUCAUUCCAUCUUUCCCCUCUCUCUCUCCGCCCAUAUGCUAAAGUGAUCAAUCCCCAUCUCUGAAUGUCUGAGACACAAAAUACCUCACAAUUUCAGCUCAACCGACUCGUUUUUCAACAAUGGGAUUUUCUUUAUUAGCAUCAAUUUUUGCUAUAUAUAAGCCUUGUCUACUUUUUUCAUUCAUCCAACUGGGGGUUGCCAUUUUUUGAAUCACACUUCACAAUACAAAACCUUGCAUGCCUCCAUCUUUUUCAACUCUCCCCACCCUUUUCUUCUACUCCCUAACCCUAACAAGGCAAGAUAAGAUCAGAAACUAGUGUUGGCUGUGGCUAUUCUUUAUUGUAGCAGCUUCAUUGAUCAACAAAACCCUAGCUUUUUUUUUUAAUAGUUAUAGCUAUCAAGAUGUGGAUGGUGGGUUAUAAUGAAGGGAGUGAUUUCAACAUGCCUGAUCAUGCAUUCAAUGGAAGGAAGCUCAGGCCUUUAGUUCCUAGGCCACUGGCUUCACCUAUAGCUCAUCAUGCUACAGAUUUCUUUACACAGUGUCACAAUCUGGCAUCAGUGGUAGAUCAAAGCAAGAGACCAGAAUUCAACAAUACUCCACCAGUUGUGGUGAGCACAAGGUGGAAUCCUACCCCGGAGCAGCUGAGAGCUCUGGAAGAGUUAUAUCGGAGAGGGACAAGAACGCCAUCUGCAGAGCAAAUUCAGCAUAUCACUGCACAGCUUCGCAGGUUUGGGAAAAUUGAAGGGAAGAAUGUGUUCUAUUGGUUUCAGAAUCACAAAGCCAGAGAGAGGCAGAAACGACGCCGUCAAGUGGAAUCAGCUGCUGAGGGUCACACCUAUGAUCUUGAUGCUCUAGAAAAGAAGGACUUAGGCGCAAGUAGGACAGCGUUUGAAGUUGAACAGACCAGCAAGAACUGGGCACCCUCUACAAACUGCAGUGCCACUCUUGCAGAGGAAUCUGUCUCAAUACAAAGAGCAGCAAAAGCAGCAGCAGCUGCAGCAGUUGCAGAGUGUAGAACAGAUGGAUGGGUUCAAUUCAAUGAAGGAGAAUUACAACAAAGAAGAAACUUUAUGGAAAGGAAUGCCACGUGGCAGAUGAUCCAGCCAUCUUGUCCUCCCCCUACAGCUGCUGCUACCACUGCUCCCUCUACAACUAGCAAUAUUGCUACUGAUACAGUCACAGGAAUGGACCCAAAGCUCUCCAAGAACCAUUGUGAUCUGAGCUUUUUCAUUUGUCAUCCUCACAACACACAAAAUGGUGUUAUCCACUCCAACCGUGGGAUCCUCAGGGAAGAAGAUGAUCUCAACAACCAUGUGGAAUCCCAAACCCUACAACUUUUCCCACUGAGGAGUGGAGGAGAUGGCUGCAAUAAUAACAUUAAGCAGAAGGAGACAGAGAUUUCAGUAUCCGCCAUGGAUUCCAACUUGACCCCAAGCCAGUUCUAUGAGUUCCUUCCAUUAAAGAACUAAAUUUAUUUCCAUCCCUGUACAAUAUAAUGAUGGGGUUGUGUGUCUUGAUAUUUUGUAGUUUAGUUUGUUUGAGAAUGGUACUACACUGUACGAUGCUAUAUAUUGCCAGUCACGAUCUUAUAUGGUUUCAAGGAAUUGGUGCUGCAAAUAUGAGACUGAG